CUUCCUGGACGCACAUGAGACAAACCAACGUGGCUUGUGGAGAAUUAUUGCUUCUGUUCAAUGAAAUUACACUUUAGUGGAAUAACAGUAGUAACAUUUCCAUAAAAAACAUCGUGUGCGGUCGAACAAACCGUUUAACCCGCGUUUACUCUGCUGCUUAAUAGGAUCUGGAGAUCCUGCAAUUAUGUUUAAUCAAGAUGAAGACUGGAGUGACGAUCCGGAUGCUAAAGUCCUGAGUGAAAGUGUCUUAAAAAACACACAGAAGGCGAACAGCAGCACAAAUGUCAAAUCCAAAGGUGUUGGAAAGAAGAGCCUGCUGCGGACACUGCAGACGCUGGGGUCAGUACCAGAAUGGAAGAACGAUGACCAUCAGCGGAAUAGUGACAGUGAGACAGAAGCAGCUCCAGCACACACCAAGAAGAAAAAGAAAAGAAGGAAAAAGAGAAAGCAAGGUGAUGUAUCAGAAGAGCUGGUGGAUAAGGAUGACAUGGAUCAACAUGUUAUGGAAGAGAAACCCGCAACAAAAAAGAAGAAGAAAGACAAAGUUGGCGGCCCAAAAACAAAACCUACAUCUGAAGGUGACAGAAAGGUGGAGACAACAGUCAAUGCAAAAGUGAAGACAAACAAACCAGAGAAUACAGAGAAACUCAGCAGAAAACAGUGGAAAAACAAAAUGAAAAACAAGAGGAACUGUAAAAAUAAAUAUCGCCCCCAUAAGCCUGAUGAGGAAGUAAAUAAAGCAGAAACUCCAGAUAAACAGAAGCCAAAGGAAGAAGGAAAAACAGAUACUUAUAGCAGCAACAACAACAGCAAAGAGACUGUACCCAAGGUGCCAGUCCAGAAAAAAGAGAUUGAACACAAACCGAAAAAAAGGAAAAAUAGUGAAGUCGACCCAAAAACACAAACUCUGAAAGAAGAAAAACAGCUGAAUAGGAAAGAGAACGAGGUCGAAAAAGGUGAAACCAACUCCCCUGCUGAUGGGCCACAGAAGACAGUAGAUAAAACUAAAGCAGAGGUCACUGAUGAGCAGGAGCAUCAGACACCAGUGAAAAGACUGAAACCUGAACUCAACAAAGAACGAAGUCUGAAAAGAGAAAAGUUGCGGAAGAUGCUCCUCAGCCAGGACACGGACCAAACUCAGAGUCCCACGGUGCAGAAAGAGGAGCCAGCAGUAGUGCCAGAUGAGGUAAAACAAGACCGCUCCACCUCCCUCAGGUCCCGCAUGGAGCAGCGUUUGGAGUCAGCUCGUUUCCGCUACAUCAAUGAAGUUUUGUACAGCACGACCAGCGGUGAGGCCAAGCGCAUGUUCAAACAGGAUCCUGAGGCAUUUUGGAUCUACCACAAGGGAUACACAGCACAGGUUCAGAGGUGGCCAGCCAAUCCUGUGGAUGCCAUUAUUCAUUUUAUUCAGCAAAAACCUUCCUCUCUGGUGGUUGCAGACUUCGGUUGUGGCGACUGUAAGAUAGCGCAGAGCGUCAAGAACAAAGUGCACAGCUUCGACUUCGCAGCGACAUGCGAGCUUGUUACUGUCUGUGACAUGGCCAACGUCCCACUGGAGGACGCCUCCGUGGACAUCGCAGUGUUCUGCCUUUCUCUCAUGGGAACCAACCUGGCAGAUUUUUUAGCCGAAGCAAACCGUGUCUUAAAGAUGAGGGGUAUCCUGAAAAUAGCAGAGGUGGCAAGUAGAUUUGAGAAUGCACGGAACUUCAUCACUGCACUGUCAAAUCUGGGAUUCAAGAUGGUGUCCAAGGACACAGAAAACACUCAUUUCUACUCCUUUGAAUUUGUGAAGACCGGACCAGCUCCUGAAAAUAUCAAAAAAUUUGGACUGCAACUGAAGCCUUGUGUGUAUAAGAAACGAUGAGGAGAUAAGAGAGGACUUCAGUUAAAGUACAACUCUAUAAAAUUUUCCCCACGUUUUGGGUCCACUGUUUCUUAAAGCAGUUAUUUCACAGUUUGUUUGUUUUUUUACACCAAAUCAAGAUGAGUGAUGUCUGGAAGCCAUUGCAAUACUUGUACAUAAUUGUUUUCAUAUUGUUCUCCACAAAUAUAUUUCUUCAGCUUUAACAUCUGUCUGUGGUUGAGGAUGUGAUAAUUAAUAAAAUCUCCUCCUGUUGUGAUCGGCUAGAGUGAAACCUGACAUACACACUCAAAUGCAAGUGCAAGGAACACAU